AUGGCAGAAAAAGGACCAGUCUACUCUUACACGGAGACGGUUCACAGCGAGACCUAUGCAGAAAUUGCUCCCACAUUACCCGAACUCUCAACCGCGGGGAAAGUUGUCUUGAUCACUGGGGCCACUGGUGGCAUUGGCAGCUCUACAGCCUUGUCCUUUGCAAAAUCUAAGCCGAAGGCACUCGUUCUCCUUGGCCGCAACUCAGCUAGUCUGGAAGAAACAAAGAAUGCCAUCACGUCUAAUCAUCCCUCGUUGGAGGUAGAAACCCAUGAGGUCGAUCUGUGUGAUUCUCCAAAAGUUCACAAAGUAUUUGGGCUAGUCGCAAAAAAGUUUGGUGGCAUUGACAUCUUGGUUCACGCCGCUGGUGUCUUGGCUCCAGUUGUUCCUUUCAACGAUGCUGAUGCUUCCACAUUUCUGGAUGGCUUCAAAACCACCAUCGUCGGAACGUUGGCGGUGGCGCAAGCUUUCGUUGAGUUUAACCCAAAACCCGAGGUGGUGCCCAAAGGCGACGAGAAUCCUUCCCAGAACAAGCCAACCGUGGGAAAGACCAUUACUUUUAUCAACUUGACCACUGCUGGCAUUUUUGCCCCUCCUAUCCUGGGAAUGGCCGCUUAUGGGAGCAGCAAGAUAGCCGCUGUCAAACUCCUAGAGUUUUUUGUAGCAGAGAACCCACAUGUACGACUUCAUAAUGUGCACCCUGGGUAUUACGAAACUGCAAUGUCGCAGCAGCUAGAAAAGUCGAUACCCGCAAAGUGGGAGAAGGAUGAUAUCUCUCUCGUAUCCGAUUUCCUUGUCUGGAUCGCUUCUUCCGAGGCAAAGUUCCUCGAUGGCAAGCUUGUCUUUGCUGCUUGGGAUGUCAAUCAAUUGAAGGAACGCCAGGAUGAAAUUGUCGGCGACAGGCCAGGAACUGGCGAGCUUUACCUCAAGUUCCAGGGAUUCCCACGAUACGUGAAUGGAAACGCACUAUUCUGA